CUUACCAACAACCUCGGGUCAAAGUUCAGCUGUUUGCCACAUGCAGGCAGGAGAGGCCUGAAAAAGAGAAUGCUGGGAGGAUUGUCAAGACACCUGCGGCGGUGUAUUUCAACGUCUUCUUGCAAAUCUGGCCUUCAAGAUGGUCCAUUCAGUGUCCACCCACACGUGUCCCAGGCAGUGGCAGAGGGCAGACCGGUGGUGGCUCUGGAAAGCACCAUCAUUACACACGGGAUGCCUUACCCUCACAACCUGAGCACAGCUAAAGAGGUGGAGGAUAUAGUGCGAGCACAAGGUGCCGUCCCUGCUACUGUGGGGGUGCUGAACGGGAAGGUGCAUGUCGGCCUGUCCGAAGAGGAGCUGGACUUCUUGUCCCAAAGCAAGACUGCCCUCAAGGUGUCCCGCAGAGACUUGCCUUACGUCAUCAGCAAGGGUCUCUCUGGAGGGACGACCGUGUCUGGCACUAUGAUUGCGGCCCACAAUGCCGGGAUUUCUGUCUUUGUUACUGGGGGUGUUGGAGGAGUACAUAGAGGUGGAGAAAACACCUUAGAUAUAAGUGCCGAUCUCACAGAACUUGGCCGUACGCCCAUUGCUGUAGUUUCUGCUGGGGUGAAGUCUAUCUUGGACAUUGGGCGCACCUUGGAGUUUUUGGAAACACAGGGAGUAUGUGUGGCCACAUAUGGACAUUCCAAAAAUUUCCCAGCAUUCUUUACUCCUCAGAGCGGGUACACAUCUCCAUACCAUGUUUCCAACCCUGUCGAGGCUGCUGAACUCAUAGGGGCCACUCUCUCCCUGGGUUUGCAGAGUGGGCUACUGCUGGCUGUGCCCAUCCCAGAGCAGCACUCCGCCGCUGGGAAAGAGAUUGAAGAUGCUGUCCAGCGGGCUGUAGCAGAGGCCAACUCAAGAGGCAUUACCGGACGGGAUGUGACGCCUUUCAUCUUACAGAGGGUGAAUGAACUGACUCAAGGGAAGUCCCUUCAAGCUAACAUAGCUCUGAUUCACAAUAAUGCUAAGGUGGGCAGCCAGAUCGCACGCGCUCUGUCAGAACGCAGGCAGAGGAAAAGUGGCCUCCUGAGCAGGAAGGGCAAGAAGGAGAAAGACCUGGGCUCCAACGCUAUUGUUGUUGGUGGAGUGAAUGUGGACUUCCUUGCAAAAGGAAAAACAAAAAAGUUACUGUUUGGACAGACAAACCCAGGAAGUGUCUGUCAGUCAUUUGGAGGAGUUGGCAGAAAUAUUGCCGACUGUUUGAGUCGACUGGGCCAAGAGGCUCUCUUCAUCUCUGCUAUUGGAGCAGACUCUCACGGUGAUGCUGUCCUGAACUACUGUAAGCAUAUGAACACCAGUGGAGUCGCACAAGUGAAGGAUCAGAGGACGGCGACCUACUGUGCGGUCAUCACAGAGAGUGGAGAGCUCAGCCUGGGCUUGGGGGACAUGGACAUCCAUCAGCAAAUCAAAGAGCAGUAUGUGUCCCAUUAUGAAGAGCAACUCUCAGCCGCCUCUCUCGUGUGUGUAGAUGGAAACAUUCCUGUGUCCACCAUCAGCUACGUUUGUUCUGUGGGCAAAAAACAUUCCGUCCCAGUGUGGUUCGAGCCCACGGAUGCUGAUAAGGCCUGUAAGCCCUUCCUGUCUGAGAGCUGGAAGGCUCUGACCUACACUUCCCCCAACAUCGCUGAGCUGUGCACCAUGAACCGCACGCUGGGCCUGCCGACUCCUACAGUGUUGCCAGAGUCCCUGGAGGAGUUGCUGAGCUGCGCUGCGUCUCUCUCCCGCCCCCUGCUGGAGCAUCUGCAGUGUGUGGUGGUGACUCUGGGCCCAAUGGGAGUGCUGCUGUGUGGGGAGCACGAAGCAGGCUCCGUCAACCUGCAGCCCAGGAGACACAGGAGGAAGGGACGUUUGUGUGCCCUCCAUUACCCUGCUCUGCCCGUCUCCUCAGAGGAAACCGUGAAUGUGUCUGGAGCUGGUGACAGCCUUGCGGGAGGGAUGAUGGUGGGCAUCCUGCGAGGCUGGGACACGCACGCCUGCGUGCACAUGGGGCUCCUGGCCGCACGGCUCUCCCUGGCCUCGCCCCACCCCAUCCCCCCCACGCUGACCCUGGACGUGGUCCACCCACUCAGGGCCCACACCCAGCCGUGGCCUCAGCCCAGCUGCCUGUGGAUGGAGGCCUGAGGGGACAUACUGUAGGCCCCUCUCUCCUGCACCACCCCAGCUGGACAUUCCCUUCUUGUCAGCAGGGUUGAGGUUUACAUUUUUACAUUUUACGGAGCGUUUGUGUGUUUCUCUUGCUGUACAAAAAGCAACCCCUUUAACACAGCGUUAUUGAGUUUUAGAUUUUAUUUGUCAAGAAGGACCAUUACUUUUAAGUCCUACCUCAGGCCUGUAUUGUCUCACCAAAUGCAUAACAUACUGCCUUAAAAGUACAUUAACUAUGAUGCUGCUUCAAAAGUUAAGUAUGUGUAGUGGGAAUGGAUAAAUUAUUAACAUAUGAUUGACUAAGAAGAAAUAAGGAGGGCCAAACAUUUGAGCAUCAUUGAGUUUCUGCCCAUGUUGUAUAUAACAUGCUCUGGGUGUUUCUCUAAUACAUUGAGAUGUGAAAUACUAGAAUUUCAUUUUUGAAUUGUCAGAAGUUCUUCAGCAUUACUUGUGUGACACAUGAAUUUUUCUGAUCAAAUGUUUUGGUCCUCUAAAUUGCAGUAUAUUUUAUGGGUUUCCUAAACACACCCUAUGGUGUUGAAAUAAAUAAAUAAAACACAUUCUAAUCAGUGAAUAGAAAAAAUAAGAAAAUGUAAUUAUUUCCUUCAAUGUGACGUUUUUAUGACACAAAAUAUGAAUAAAUGUUAUUGUCAAA